CGCAGCCACAGGCCGGAAUUGUUUCCUGGGCUAAGCGCAGCAAGCUGGGAAAGCGUUUCCGGAAGGCUGGCUACAUCCCGCAGCUGAUUUUGGACGCCUCUGGUGUGGGCGAGAGACGGCGAGAGGAGGGAGCAGCGCAAGCGGCGGGAGGCGCAGGGGUUAAUUUCUUCAGCGUGUGUCCUCAGAGGGUGAGUGCUGCUGGUGUUAGUAGCAAGGGCUGAAGAAACCUGCCAUUCCAUACAAGCUUUCCACCAAAGAACUGGGGAGAUUCAAUAUUUCGAUCUUGUACUUUGAAAACUGCUGACAGCGUCUGGUAAUGUGCUGACUGGCACUAUGGGCAGGCGAUACCCAGGGGCUCACUAUCGUCCAAGCAGCUCAUGUCUAAACUGGGCAAACUAGUUCCCCUGGACUGCAGCUGGCUCAUUGUUCUGGUUGGACCCAUUUGAAUGGAGAAUCAUCGAGGUUGAGGGAUUUUGAUGGCUUUCCCAUUGUGAGCCCCUCUGCAAGGGAUUUCAAAUUAUAAUCCUUUUCCUGAUCCAUUGCUGAAGCCCUGUGAUCCAUGUCAGAAGUACUUCCAGUUGACUCCAGUGUGGACGCGUUGGCUGUGUUUAUGGCAAGCAAUAGCACAACAGACGUUGUGAAUCGCAAUAAUCCUGCCACUCCCCCAAAUACUCUUAAUCUACGCUCCUCCCAUAAUGAACUAUUGAAUGCGGAAAUAAAGCAUACAGAAACAAGGAACAGCACUCCCCCGAAAUGCAGGAAAAAAUAUGCAUUAACUAACAUUCAGACAGCCAUGGGCCUAUCGGAUCCAGCAGCACAGCCCCUUCUGGGGAACAACUCUGCCAAUAUAAAGCUGGUGAAGAAUGGAGAAAAUCAGCUUAGAAAAGCAGCAGAACAGGGGCAACAGGAUCCCAAUAAAAAUCUCACUACGACUGCAGGCAUAAACAUAACUUCUGAGAAGUUAGAAGGUAAAGAGCCUACCCCUCAGGAUUCUGCAGGCUGUGAAAUAUUCUCCUCUCAACCUAGGAGGACCAAGAGCUUCCUAAAUUACUAUGCAGAUCUGGAAACAUCAGCCAGAGAACUAGAACAGAAUUUUGGGAACAGCCAUGUAGUGAUGGAGGAGAAAGCGGCACAAAGUAACAGCCAGGCUUCUACCAUGAUUGUCAAUGGGGAUGUGUUGCCUCAGAAACAAAACAAGCUGUCCAGUCCAGAAGAUGGCCAAGUAGCCACUGUGUCAUCAAGUCCUGAGACUAAGAAGGACCAUCCUAAAACCGGAGCCAAAACAGAUUGUGCAUUACAUCGGAUUCAAAAUCUGGCUCCAAGUGAUGAAGACUCCAGCUGGACGACUUUAUCGCAGGACAGUGCUUCUCCAAGUUCACCUGAUGAAACAGCAGAUAUAUGGAGCGAUCACUCAUUUCAGACCGACCCCGACUUGCCACCUGGCUGGAAAAAAAUCAAUGACAUUGCUGGGACCUAUUAUUGGCACAUACCAACAGGAACAACCCAGUGGGAACGUCCUGUCUCCAUACCAACGGAUCUUCAGAGCUCAAGGAAAGGAUCACUUAAUUCUAUUACCCCAUCUCCUACCCCAGAAACUGAGAAACAGCCAUGGAGUGAUUUUGCUGUACUGAAUGGGGGAAAGAUUAAUAGUGACAUUUGGAAGGACCUUCAUGCAGCCACAGUGAAUCCAGACCCCAGUCUAAAAGAAUUUGAGGGAGCAACAUUACGCUAUGCGUCUUUGAAGCUCAGAAAUGCUCCACAGUCUAAUGAAGAUGAUUCCUGUAGCAUCAACAGUGAUCCUGAAGCCAAGUGCUUUGCUGUGCGCUCUUUGGGCUGGGUAGAAAUGGCAGAAGAAGAUCUAGCUCCUGGAAAAAGCAGUGUUGCUGUGAACAAUUGCAUCAGACAACUGUCUUACUGUAAAAAUGAUAUCAGAGACACAGUUGGCAUAUGGGGAGAGGGAAAAGACAUGUACCUUAUACUGGAGAAUGACAUGCUAAAUUUGGUUGACCCCAUGGAUCACACCAUUCUUCAUUCUCAGCCCAUUGUGAGCAUCAGAGUCUGGGGAGUGGGUCGUGACAAUGGACGGUGAGUUUACAAUCUCCUAAGU